UUUUUUUCCUCCAAUAUCUCACCCUCGCCCCUCGGCCAUCCCAAAGUCUUCUCUUUGUAUUAUAGUUCCCAAGAUUCUACACCUUACCUUCUGUUCUCGCGGCCGGCUGGAGUUUUGAUCACUGACGGGGGAAAAAAGAAGAAAGAGGAUGGAAGCCUGUUUGACGAAAUGCUCCAACGGGAUUCCACUGUUGAGAUCUCAGAACCUCAGGCUCUCGAAUUUUGUUCGUAGAUCUUCUUCCAUGCCCAUCCAUUCCGUUCCAGGAGGAGCAAAUUCUGGAGAGAAGGUGUACGAUGCAUUAUUACUGGACGCCGGCGGAACUCUUUUGCAAUUGGCCAAACCCGUGGAAGAAAUUUACGCUUCCAUCGGCACCAAAUACGGCUUGACUGCAACUCCAGCUGAAGUAAAACAGGGUUUUAGGAGAGCUUUUGCUGCUCCGUGGCCUGAAAAGCUUCGAUACCAGGGAGAUGGGAGGCCUUUCUGGAAGCUGGUUGUUUCUGAAGCCACUGGCUCAGAUAACCAGGAUUACUUCGAAGAAGUCUACGAGUACUAUGCAAAUGGAGAUGCCUGGAGGCUACCAGUUGGGGCUUACGACACCAUUUCUCUCCUGAAAGAUGUUGGAGUUAAGGUAGCUGUUGUUUCCAAUUUCGAUACUCGGUUGAGGAAGCUGCUGAAGGACUUGAACAUUUCUCAUCUGUUCGACACUGUGAUUGUAUCUUCAGAGGUGGGAUACGAGAAGCCAGAUCCAAAGAUCUUCCACGCUGCUCUAGAUGAAGUGAAUGUGGCGGCUGGCAGAGCCGUACACGUUGGAGAUGAUUUCAAGGCAGACAAGGAAGGAGCCAAUGCCAUUGGGAUGGACUGCUGGCUGUGGGGAACUGACAUAAAGACCUUUGCCGAUAUACAAAACCGCUUCUUACAUAGCACAGGACAGGACGAUACUUAAAAGAGUAGGGGGGAAAUACAUUCACAUUCCGAGUAAGAGGCAAGACGGAUUCUCUCGUUAAGCAACGACUGCAGUUCUAACUUGUAAACAGUGGAAGUAGUGAAAGUGUAAAAGUGCACAAGCUUUUCUUGUUGUUCGAAUGAGGUGAAGUGCAGACCCCAGUUCUUAACAGUGGGCAGAUGGAACCCAAAGAAGAAUCUUGCACUCUUGAUAAUAAGAUCAUUGUCUUAGU